AUGAGAAUAAUAAAACGAUGUUUAAACUUUCUAUUAUUACUAUGCCAAUUAUUAAUUUUUAAAAUCGAGCCCUUAAAUGGAUUUCAUACUGGGAGAGGAAAAAUAUAUUUUUACUAUGAUUACAGUCCCGUUGCAAACUCAUCAAAUUUUAUAAUUCAAAAUAAAAAUAUACACAAAGGGAAAUAUAUAUAUCAUGGAAAACGUUCAGAAAGAUUGAGAACCACUGAAAAUGCAUUGCCACCUCCCGUUAAGGAUAAUACAACUAGUACUAAUACUAUUGUGAAAAAAGAAAAACAAAAAUCGGAAAUUAAUAAUAUUUUAAAAGAAAGUGAAAAUAUAACUAUGGGACGUUCCUUUUCUUUUAAUACGGAUCUUUUAUCUAUCAAGCCGGAACUACUAAAAGAACUAAUUACCCAAAAGUACAGGAAAAUGUUUGAGAGACAUGAUAAAGAUUGUGGAAGUAGUGAAAUACAAAUAAUUAUUUUAACGUUUAAAAUUUAUUUUUUAACGGAACAUAUGAAGAAGAAUAAAAAGGAUUUUGCAUGUUUACGAGGACUGUUCAAAUGUGUUAGUAAACGGAGAAAGUUACUUAUAUAUUUAGGACGAAAAAAUCGAGAAAUGUUUAAUAAAAUUACAGACUAUUUUAAAAUCAAAAAACCUUUAUUACCUGGAACAGCAGAAUAUUAUUCUAAGGAUUUAAAAUAUAUCCAUUUUAAUAACACAAAAAGAUUUAAAAAUAAUAGUGAAAAAAAGAAAAAAGAUAAAACUAAAAACAAAAAAAUUCAAACUGAUAAAAUUAUAUUUGGAAAUUAA